GAAAACCUUCUCUGUCGGCGUUCUGCAUCAAAACUCUCGUCAUCGGCAUCGUCUCCUCAUUAUUCUUAUUUAAAUCCCCUUUCGCUCUCUCUACCAGGACAUACUGACAAUCGGGCAACCUCGGAAACUUGCCUCUAAAAAGGAUAUAUAUGUAUAUAUAUUAGGCCCCAUGACAGGACAGACCGAUCCAGAGCCCUCUUCUUCCGGUACAGCGGGCAUCCUGGCCAAAAUCCCAGACGAACUUGGCCUCUCGACUGUUUGGAAGUCUUCACUGGAUGUGAAAUUCCUCUGUGCCCAGCGUUUUAUCCGUCUCUUUGCCUAUGGUGGCUCGACUCUUAUCCUGGCUUCUUACCUGUCCGCCUUAAAUAUCUCCGACAAACAUAUUGGCCUUUUCAUGACUCUGACUCUGGCAGGAGAUGUCGUGAUUAGUUUUUUUCUGACCUUGUUUGCGGAUGCCAUGGGUCGAAAGGCCGUUCUUGCUUUGGGCUCCCUCAUGAUGGCUGCCAGUGGUGUGGUCUUUGCUCUGUUCGAUAACUUUUGGAUCCUCCUGACGGCCGCUGUCUUCGGUGUCAUCAGUCCCAGGUACGUUGUUUUUGUUGCCUUUCUUUUAUGCUUGCUGCUCUGAUCACAUUGCACAGUGGUAAUGAAAUUGGGCCUUUCCGCGCCGUCGAGGAGUCGACUCUUGCGCAUCUCACGCCGCACGAGGUUCUUAGCGAUAUCUUCGCUUGGUAUUCGCUCUUUGGAACCGCGGGAAUAGCCCUUGGGAUGAUGACCUGCGGAUGGGCCAUUAGCAUUCUGCAAUCGUCCAAGGCUUGGGACUAUGUUCAUGUGUGCCGGAUAGUCUUCUUUGUCUACGCCGUAAUUGGCGGUAUCAAGUUUCUUCUCACUGUUGGAUUAAGCAAGGAAGUUGAACUAGUCAAGGAGAAAGAUGCGCCUCUCACGCAGCAACAACGUCAGCAGAGUGCCUCCGAACCCACCGAGUCUCAGCCAUUGCUGGCGGAGGCGGCCGGCGACGAACAAGAGGAACAGACUCGAAAACCACCAAAGAAGUCCCUGUUCUCGCUUAUUGAGAAGGAUCUUGUUUCAUUGAUUGUUAGGCUCUUUGUUCUGUUCUCUUUGGACUCGUUUGCUUCUGGAUUGGCACCGCUUUCCUGGAUGACCUACUUCUUCAAACGCAAGUUUGACCUCGCCGAGGGGACGCUCGGUUCUAUCUUCUUCACGACGAGCAUUAUAUCUGCCGCAUCCAUGUUAGUGGCGUCGUCUAUUGCCAAACGAAUCGGCAACGUCAAGACGAUGGUCUUCACCCACCUUCCAUCCGCUAUCUGUUUAUCUCUCAUCCCUAUCCCUCCAUCUCUCCCUCUCGCGUCCACUUUCCUUGUUCUCCGCGCUUGUACCCAGAACAUGGACGUUGCGCCGCGUUCCGCCUUUCUGGCCGCCGCCCUUCCGGCGGACAAGCGUACGGCCAUCAUGGGCUCAAUAAACGUUGUCAAGACCUGCAGCCAGACUUUAGGACCGUUGAUUACUGGCGUUCUGGCGGAUUAUGGUCUGUUCGGUGUUUCGUUUACCGUUGCUGGAAUACUGAAGGCGACGUACGAUGUUGGAAUGCUUAUUAGCUUUGCCGGAAAGGAGCCGUCGAGAAGGAGAUGUGUCUCCCAGGAUGAGGAAGUAGAAGGGCGUGAUUAGAACGCGAUUUGCUUUUUAGAGACGUGAAAUUGGGAUUUCUUAGUAUAGUACGUUGCGAAAGAGUGGGGUCUAUACAGGACCGAACAUAUCCUGAUUACUAUGUGUUUAUUUGGAAACAUGGGAUUGCUUCUGGGGAAUCGGAGACACGAAUCCUGAAAUUGUUACUUUAAACUCUUGGAUUUUUAAAGUCUAGAUAAGAUGCACUAAAUCCAUCAUGAGUCAAAGU